AUGGAUAUAAAGACCUUGCUGGAUAAUCUUCAUGAUGAAGUAUCCUGUUCUGUGUGUAUGUGUACAUUCACUGAUCCAAAGCAGUUGCCUUGUUUGCACAGUUUCUGUCUUCACUGCCUGAACGGAAUUCAACGAACGAGCGGCGUCCAUGGAAAAAUUACAUGCCCCGAGUGCAGGAGACAGUUUCAGAUUUCUGGAAGUGGAAAUCCCAGCGAACUUCCCACCAAUUUUCGAAUAAACAGCCUGCUAGAUGUCUUGGCAAUAAAAGAGUGCAGUACAGUCAACGUCAAAUGCAGGAACUGCGAAAAACGAAGCGCCCAGACCUUAUAUUGCUUCCAGUGUUGUUCCUUCUGGUGUGAAGAAUGUAUUGUAGGACAUAACAUAAUGCGAGAAAACAAAGACCACAAAACGCUAGCGUUGAAAGAUUUUCAAGAUCAAGACAUCAAAGCUGUUUUAGAGCGACCAGCAUUUUGUCAGAAGAAACACCAUGAAAAAGAAGAGCUGAAGUUCUUUUGCAAGGGCUGUAAAGUCGCCAUUUGUAGCACUUGUGCCAUGACAAUUCAUGAAGGUCAUGGUAAGAUGCCCUUGCAAGAAGCUACUGAAGAGCGCAAAACACGGAUUAGCUCCAUGACAAAAUCUUUGAAAGACAAAGUACUAGAAAAACAAAAGGAAGUCGAGCAAUUCAACCAAAAAAGCAUCGCAUUUCAAUCGAAAGUAGCCGAGGUAAAAAGCCAAGUGCAGUCUUGUGUAGACCAAAUUAUUGCAAUCAUCGAAGCGAGGAAACAAGAUGUUUUUGAUGCAGUCGAUAAUCAAGCCAAAAAAUUACUGGAAUCUCUCUCACAGAAAAAAGAAGAAGUGGAAAAACAAUUAAAAAUAAUUGAAUCUGCAAUUGAACAAACUGAAACUCUUUUGAAACGAAGCUUUAGCACUGAAAUCCUUGGAUUCAGUGAAACAUUUGAUGCAAUCCUGCGGGAACAGGACACCCAAGGAAACCGUGACAUCGAAUGUAUUCCUCGGUUUAGUUUCACUAAAAGUGAAAAACUGAUUAACGUGUUGAGCAUGAGCGAGGGGAUAGGUAGAGUAGAAUUUGUUUUUAGCGAAACUAAAGCGCAGCAAUCAGGAACUAAAGGUAAAGAAAGCAGUAAAGUAAUUGCUGGGAAUAGACUGGCAAAUGUUCAUGACAGUUCUCUUGAGACUCAGGUACAAACCAGGUGUUUCAGAUCUGUGCUGUCAUUUGGACGAUACGGUAAGUCUGUUGGAAUGCUUAACCAGCCCUGGGGGGUGGCAGUGAAUGAUCGUGAUGAAAUUGCUGUGACUGAGUGGGGUAGCUACGAGGUUUCAGUGUUUAGUAGUGACGGUACCCACUUAAGAUCGUUUGGUAGACCCGGUAAGAAUAAUGGUGAGUUCUGGGGCCCUGCAGGGAUCGCUUUUGAUAGUCAUGGCAAUAUUGUAGUGGCAGACUGUUUUAACCACAGGGUGCAAGUCUUUGAUCGGAAUGGUAACUUUCUUAGUAAGUUUGGUGAAUAUGGAAGUCGUGAUAAUCAGCUUAAAAACCCUAAAGGUCUAUCAGUAAACGGUAACGGUGAUAUUAUUGUUGUAGAUACCCGUAACAAAUUAAUCAAGAUAUUCUCUUCUAGUGGCGAGUAUUUACGUAAAUUUGGUGGAGCAGGUUCUUUGGUCGAACCCUUUUACUGUAUUCAACACGGUCAAUGUUUUAUAGUCUCAGACGGUGGUGAUCAUUCCAUUAAAAUGUUUGAUCUGGGGGGGAAGCUUAUUUCUAAAUUUGGAAAAAAAGGAAACAAAGAUGGAGAGUUCAAUGAGCCCCGUUACUUGUCAGUUAACAAAGAAGGAUUGCUAAUGAUCUGUGAUGCAGGAAAUCACAGGGUUCAGGUAUUUGAACUGAGUGGAAAGUUUGUCGGAAAGUUUGUCACAAAGUUUGGAAGUGAAGGUAGUGAGAGAGGAGAGUUUAAGUGUCCAGUGUCAACAGCAAAUCUUAGUGAUGGAAGGAUAGUUGUAUGUGAUUUUAACAACAACAGAAUCCAGGUUUUUGACCAGUUAUAUUAAUAAUAUGAUGUUACCAGUGGUAUUGUUGUACGGCUUAAAUUGCUCAAAUCUAGAAUAAGAAACCUUAAUUUUUCGAACAACACCAUCUCAUGAGGUAUUUGUCACUGUUGAUCUUUUUUAGCUGCGGGGGGUGGGGGGCAUUUGGUUGUUCUCACGUGUAAUUUGUAUUUUCUGUGAAUGUAACAAUAAAUUAUAUAAUCGUGGCUGCAAUAAUGGCUGUAAUAAUGGCUGAAAUGACGUUCAACUUGUAAAUAUAUUUUGUUAUCCUUUUGUCAUAUGUAUUGUAGUCUCAUUUAAUUUCCGAUUAUAGUUUAAUAAGGUGUUUAAAUCGUUUGGUAUCAAAAUUGUUUUAUUAUGCUGUACACCUUUCUAUUUUCUUUCCAGCAGUUGCUAGUUGUUAGCUAGUGUUUUUUUGGAAAUAUUAUUCCCGAGCCCUUUGCUCAAGUACCAUUUUUUUCUAAACAGGUCCGUUAAUUAUAACAUACAUUAACCGAACUGUAUAACGAUUUGUUGAAAACUCAUUAAAGGAUAAUCAGAAAUGAAGAAUGCUUUUUUGCUCAUUUUUAACGUUGUCAAUGAGACCGUCAUGUGUUGAAGAAUGGACCACACUUUCUACGUCCGGUGACCAUCUGAGUCACGUGUAGGUCAACUGAGCAGUUUGCAGGACAAGGUCACAGCACAUGCAAUCGAGCCCCUCUUUAAGCGACACCCGCUUAAUAGAGGGUCUCAAUGGGGUUAACCGAUAGGCGUAAAACGGCCAAAAAUUUAGCCGAUAGCCGUAAAAAUUGAAAAAUUUUAACCGUUAGCCGUAAUUAGGGUAAUAAAGAGUUAACCAUAAAAGAAAGUGUUCCCUAGAUUUGCUACUUUUAAGGAAGGUACUAAACUCACUUAUGGUUGCGUUUUUUAAUUCCCGGCUAGUGUGACUCCAUACGCACGUUAGGCGAAGCGCCUUUUAGGAGUUAACCUAGACCUAGGCUCCAUUUCCGGCGCUCUCUCUGGGAACUAACUAGCGAAAGUGUGGCUUCUUGCUGGGGAUUAAUAUUUGCAAUUUUCCGGAGGUCGUGCCCUCGAAACACUAGUGAAACAACACGCAGAGAUGUCACUGUUUGUAAAACUCGUUGCCGAUAAGCAACAUUUCCCUGUUUUCUCUGACGCUACGGUAGACAUUGCCAUGCCUAGUCCCUGUACGGCGUCCACCCACGCAGUUUCGGUCAAGGCAUUUCGGUGGUGAACUCGCUCGGACCACGUGACCCGAAACGCAUUAGCCGUGCGGAAUAAUGCAGCCUACGGACAAGGCAACGGCAGACAAUCGUUCCGUAGUCCUUCGCUAUCAUUAAAAACACUGGACACGGGAAUUUUGUUAUUGGCCUUUUGACACUAUAGCUAGAAAUGGAUCAUCCGUCUGAGACUAGCCUGUGUCUAGUCGCGUCCUCUCCACAGACACCCCUUCUCCGAUUUUUUUCUGAGGGGGGGCGGCUGUACACAGGCUAUCUGGAACGGAUAAUCCCGUCUUCAAAAGUCAGGCAGAUUGUUCGUUCCAAAUUAAAACUAUUCCAUUUUCAAAUUAAGACAUAUUACCUAUCUGACGCGAAUCAUCAAACGGAUAACCCGUCUCACACGAAUAAUCCUUCUCUAGUGUGAAAACGGCCAUUUCUGUUUUAAUGAAUGUCGCGCCCCGGCUUUGAUUUGGCGUUCGUGUGUCUGCUUUUGCUUUUUCACGAAGAUAAUUUUUCAAUUGGCUAUUGACAUUACUAUGUGUAAAAUAAUAUUAGAAGUGAAAUACUUUAUAAAAGAAUAGCAUGGAGGGGAGGGGAGAGGAAGGACAUUGGAACAGAUAAGGUUAUCUCCAUUCCUCUCCUCUUGUCUCCUCCCCUCUCCUCUCCACUUCUCUGGUCCUUAUUUUAUGUUAUCUUAUCUGUUUAGCAAUAUAGGGCCCCUUUAUUGCAGAACUCUCCUUAAUCCCCUCCCCUGUCCCUACUUGUCCCCUUUUUCUAUUUUCCCUAUCGUAUCCUUGAGCAAUGAUAAUUUCUCUCCUUCACUCUUCCACAUCAAGUCUUCUCUGAGGGCCCCUGGGAAAAGACACCCAUAUAAACGUGAAGGAGAUGCUCGCGGUCUCGUUUUCGGGUGUAACUUGGAGAUGUUGAUCUCAUUUUUCUGUUUAGGAUGUGAAGUUACUAUAUUUGGAAAGCCAUUCAGGUAUCGCUUAGUACUGUGCAUUAAGAAAUUUACCAAAAAAAUACACAGAAAUCUCCCUUAGGGGUCAGUUGAAGCUUGAGCCACAUCCACGUAUAUAAAAGGUUUACCGGUAAUUUGAAUUUUCUGACGAGCAUCCCCGUCACUUUAAAAUGGCCGGGCAUCCCCGCCUAGGGUUUCAAGUAUCCAAAUACUGGUCUUGGAGAUCCAAUUGGUUGCAGUUUACCAUGGGCUUUUGGCGUCCAAUAAGUUGGUAAUCAAAACAGACGAGAUGUAAUGAAUCUAAAGAAUGAUGUGUGAUUUUGUGUAGGACCCCUCCAAGGUUCCAUCGUGGCUGUGUGUUCUCGCAGUUUAG